CUAACAUGGAUUGAGAUUUGCCUCUGCUACUCGGAUCAGUUCCCUAAUCUUCUUUUUUAAAGGAAUUUUACUCGGAAUCAGUUCCCUAAUCUGAUCCUUUAAAAGACAAGGGGUGAGCGCGUGGUGGUGCUGCAGACUUGCAGAUCGAGUCCAAACUCCAAACAACAAUUAGACAGCAAAAAACCUACGAGGCGAGUAGAUCCGCGGCGCGGUGUUUCUCGUUUUCUCGCCGGUGCGUGCGGGAUGGAAUCGAAGCUCACCGAGGAUGUUGGCCCGCUAGCGGCGGCGGCGGUGGCCUCGUCUUUCCCGCUGCUCGUGUACGACUACGAGCACGGCGAUCCACCAGAGAUUUCCCAGACCGUGCUCUCGGUCGCCGACGGCUCCAUGCGCACGAUCCGAGUCCCCGAGAUGUGCGACUACACGUGCCUGGAGACUCCGCAGGGCCUAAUGCUCAUGGUGGACACCGCCUCAGGAUCCUGCUGGCUCUGGAACCCGCAGACCGGGGAGAAGACGGCGCUGCCCUCCAUGAACGGCGGCGAGCUGCCGGACCAUUGCCGGUGCCUGGUCUCCGACACCAUCUCUUCUCCACCAAACUGGGUCUCGGACGACGACGUCGAUCAUCCGGACUCCCUCGUGCUCGUCUACGACCUCACGCGGCCGGAGCUUCUGUUCUGCCGGAUCAGAGGCGGCGCCGGGUGGGUGAAGCAGUCCUACGACAUCGACGUGGGCAUAGAGGUCCCCGCCGCCACCGGGGAAGACGAAGGCCCCAUCCCCACACCGAGCGCGGUGAUCAGCGACAUGGCUGCCGUGCAGGGGGUGUUCUACUACUCCGAGUCGAGAGACGUGAUCGGCGCUCUCUUCAGCUUCGCCGACGACCCGGAGCCGCGUCUGGAGCUCGUCACCUUCGAUGCCCGGCUGCCCACUCUCGCCUUGGACGCGCCGCAGCUUACAGUGACGAAGAGCUACCUGCUGGAAUCCUCGAGGGAGCUCUUCCUCGUCUGCCUCUUCUACAUCGGCUGCACCGUCGAGCGCAUCGAGGAGGUCGGCGCCUACGUGAUGGAUUUCACGGAGAAGGAAUGGUGCAAGGUGACUGACAUUGGCGACGCGGCGUUCCUUCUUGGCCCCGGAUGCUUCGCGGCCUCGUGCGCUGCGGCGGAGCAUGGCCUGAAGAGUGGGUGUGUCUACCUCGCCGACGACGACAACGAUGUCCACAUCUUUGAUCUCAAGGAUGGCACUCGUGAGCUCGUUAAACCAACUCAGGACAUACCUGCUCUCUCGCGCGAGCCAUUUUGGUUGGUGCCCGUCCAACCAUAGAGCCAGAGCUCUGUCAAUUAAUGUGAAAGAAGAUAUUAGUACUAGCUUAUCUUGUUCCUUCAUAGUAGAAAGUUUCGUCGCUGCUACUGAUUUUUGUUUUUUGUUUUUUGUAAGUCUCAGGUCAGGAGUCUUUUAAGAGUUUCUCUUAUUAUUUUUUUACUAACUAGUAGCAUGCUUAUGUACUUUGAUAUAUUUAAGUCUUUUUUUCUUUCCAAAAUGAUGCGACUUUUU